GGAAGCUGUUAUGUUAUUGAAGGAUUGAUAGCUUCCGGUAUUUCUGAUGUUUUAAUAACAUGAAGCUUAAGUGAUAAACUAACUUAUUAACAUGCUGACAUACCAAUUAACGGUACUGUGAUAAUAUUAAAGAUAUAUCACCAUGAUCAGAAAAUUAUGUGAAAGGCUGUUGAGAUGCUGCUGUAGAAAGCGAGGUUUUCGUUAUAAAGUUGCUUUAUUUAUAGUUGGAAUUGUUAUAACAUUUUAUUUAUUUAUAAUAAUUUUAAACGUGAUUGAAAAUAACUUGGAAGAAGAACAACCAAUCUUUCAUGUCUAUCAAGGUGAGCCAAAAGAUGAAAAAUUGCCAAUAAUUAUAUGGUGGACACCUUUUACUGGAGACACUGGUUCUUUUAAACAGUGUGGCCAACAUACUUGCUAUUUCACUGACCAAAGAAAAUAUAUAUCUGAUUCUCGAACAAGAGCUUUUCUUUUCUAUGGAAGCGAUUUCAAACCCACAGAUUUACCACUUCCCAGAUCACCUUCACAUGAUUGGGGUUUAUUACAUGAAGAAUCACCAAAGAAUAAUUUUUUAUUUUCUAUGGAGAAGGUCAUGCAGCUUUUUAAUCAUACUGCAACUUUUCGAAGGGAAUCUGAUCUCCCCCUUACAUUCCAGUAUCUGGAAAGUCUGGAAUCUUUGACUUCUAAAAAGUAUUUUGUGCCAACAACAGAAAAGAAUGAAAAAGGGAAAAUUCUUGCACCUCUCGUGUACUUACAUUCUGACUGCAAUACUCCUUCAGAACGUGAUUCGUAUGUGGAAGAACUAGCAAAGUACAUUCGUGUUGAUUCAUAUGGAAAAUGCCUUCAAAAUAAACAACUGCCUGCUCAUCUUUCAGAUCCAAUGAAAACUAUGGUUUCUCAUGAAAUAUUUUCACUGCUUUCUCAAUAUAAAUUCAACAUUGCUUUUGAAAAUGCUGUUUGCCAAGAUUAUAUUACUGAGAAGCUAUGGAGACCCCUUACUGUAGGGUCAGUGCCAAUUUAUUUUGGUUCUCCAAGAGUGGAGGAUUGGUUGCCAAAUCCCCAAUCUGCUAUUCUUGUUAGAAACUUUGAAAGCCCUAAGAAACUGGCUGAGUACUUAUUAAAAUUACAAGCUGAUGAUGCCGCUUAUGAGCAACAUUUGGAGCAUAAAAUCAGAGGCCAAAUAUCAAAUAAAAAACUCAUAGAUGCUAUGAAUGACAGGGAAUGGGGCAUCAAUAAUGAUCCAUCCAAAAAGAACUUUAUAGAUUGCUUUGAAUGUCUGGUUUGUAAAAGAGUGGCAGAAAACUACAAGCGUGAAUUAAGGAAUUCUUCACCAUUAAAAUUUCAAGCUACUCUUCAUCACUAUGGAUGCCCCAAGCCCGUUGGGAAUUUUACCUUGAAAGAGGACAGUCAAAAUUGGUGGCCUGAGCUAUAUGACAAAGCUGUCUAUGAAGCUCAAGCAAUGGAGAAUCUCAUGCAAAGAGGUACAAAUUACACAUCUACAGAUUUUUACCAGGAAGUGAUCAAUUUGCUUGAAAAUAGUGCUGUUAGAUGAGUAUGCGAUUCUGAAAGACAUGAAUUAUUCUUGUUAAAGAGCUUUCAUCAUUUGUUGACUGUACGUCAAAUUGUUAUAAGAUGUGUUCAUGUUUAGAUUUUAUUCAUAUAUAUACAGUGUUCUUCAACCAAAGCUACAUGUUAAAGUAAGCAUAAAAGGUGUUAUUACUUUUGUAAGUUAGGUUUAUAAAAUAAAUCAAUGUAAGUUCAUUUGUUUUUAUGGUACUUACAUAUUAUAGCAACUCCCCAAGUUUACUUGGAAAUCUUAGGAUCAUACCAAGAUCGCCAAUCUCCAUUAUGCAACUAUCUUGAUGAUAUUUCUUGAAUCUCAGUGUGUAUGUGUGUGGGGUAACGCUAUAUCUAUAUAAUUGACAGUUGGAUUAGAGAAUUUAAAGCAUUGAUGAUAUGUUUCUUUAAAUAUCCAAAUAAAAGCAGGAAUAUUAAUUUUUAUUUUAUUUAUUUCUCUAUUAUUUCAACAUUUUGCAGGUAAUCUAGUAAGAUUCCUCUUCAAAAUUAUAUAUGUGUGUAAAAUAUAUUGAAAUAUCUAUGAAAAUUUUAUACUUUAUUGCACAUUUUUUUGAAACAGAGUAAGCUCCACUAAGUUUGAUUAUAUUUGUUUGUUUAUAAUUAUAGGCUUAUAUUUAAUUUUAUUGCUAUCAUAUCUUCGAUUAAAAAAAUAAUGCAAUUUCUUUGUUAUUAAAUAUGUAACAUAUAUAAUUGGUUGUCUUAAAAUUUAAAUCGAAAUUGAAAAUGUAGGGAAUUUAUUAUUAUAUACUUUGCAACAUCUUCAUGAAAUAAUUUAUACAUGCAUUGGUUAAUAAAAGGCAUUUGUGUAUUAUUGCUACAAUGGCUUUAUCAAAGAAUAUAUAGAAAAUAAGAUUAAUUUGGUGAUAAUACAUGAAUACCUUGUCGUUUAUUGAUAAAUCUCUUAUCUCAAUCCAGAAGUAUUUCAUUUCAAUAAAUGUUAAGUGAUUGCAAUGUUUAUUAUUCAUUUUUAGUAUACAAAACUGUUAUAUUUUGGAAGCUAUAUUUCAUAAA